GGUAAACACAGUGAUUAAGGAAAUGUUGUGACAGCUAAAUUCCUUGAUCUACCUUCCUAAAUAUCCUUACUUCCAACCUUUCUUUUCCGUCACAUAUCAAGAAGUCGAGAUGGUGCAACGACUUACUUUAAGACGACGAUUAUCUUAUAACACCAAGUCUAAUGGCAGACGAAUCUCCAAGACACCAGGUGGUAAACUUGUAUAUCUUUAUACGAAGAAGCGAGGAAGUGUACCUAAAUGUGGAGAUUCCAAGAAGAAAUUACAAGGGUUGCCUGCAGUUCGCCCAAGAAAACUGAAAAAGCUUUCUAAGCCUAAAAAGACAGUUUCUCGUGCAUAUGGAGGCUCGAUCAGUGGGAAAUGUGUUCGAGAAAGAAUUGUGCGGGCAUUCUUGAUUGAAGAACAAAAGAUUGUUGUACGGGUUCUAAAGGCACAGAGUGCUGGCAAAGGAAAAAGUCAAUGACUUCUGUUUGCAAAAUAAAUUUGAACAUAAAUAAUCUUUCAA